UUGAUAUUUGUGUUUUUAUUUAUUUAUUUUUUUUUCAGCUAAUAUGAAAAGCAUCAUAGACUUUUCCUUCCAAACGCGUAAUAGGGGGAGCAUCAUAGACUUUGUUCUAAGCUUCUUUCUAUACCAUACAUUAGUUAUCUCUUUCUCUCACUCUCUCUGAAGAACAGAGACCAUGGCUGACUUAAUGGUGGGAGGAGCUCUUCUCUCUGGUUUCAUCAAUGUCCUCUUUGACAGGCUUGCUUCCAAAGAGGUACUUGACUUCUUUCGUGGAGACAAACUCAAUCAAAAGCUGCUCAAAAGGCUGAAGACUGUGUUGCUAUCAGCUAAUGCACUGCUGAACGAUGCCGAGGAGAAGCAGCUUGGAGACAACAACGUGAAGAAUUGGCUUGAUGAGCUUAAAGAAGUACUGUAUGAUGCUGAUCAUGUGAUGGACAAGAUCAGUACUGAAGCUCUGCGACUCAAGAUGGAGGAAGAUGAACUCGAAAUCACAGCAAGUAAGUGCUUGUGCUUUUUCCAAAAGUUAUCUUAUCCAUUUGAAAAGGCUGUGAAUUCUGAAAUAGAAGAGAUCCUUGAUGCUCUAAAGGAUCUUUUAGAACAGACACAACACCUUGGUUUGAAAAAAGUUGACCAGAGAACAACUGUGCAUAGACCACAUGCCCCUUUGCUAGAUGAUUCACAAGUUUACGGAAGGGAGGGUGACAAGGAGGCUAUUCUUAAGUUAUUGUUGUGUGAUGAUGCUGCUGGCCCUAGGAUCUCAGUUAUUCCUAUAGUAGGGAUGGGUGGCAUUGGCAAAACUACUCUUGCUCAGAAGGUAUUUUACGAUACCACUGUCCAAGAACACUUUUCCUUGAAAGCAUGGGUAACUGUAUCCAACGAUUUUGAUGUUCUUAAAAUAACAAAGAUUAUCUUGGAGAAGAUCACUGGAAAAGAAAAUAAAGCAAAUGAGUUACAUCAACUUCAAAAAGACUUGAAGGAUGCUUUGGCAGGGAAGAAAUUUCUUUUUGUUCACGAUGAUGUGUGGAACGAAAAAUACGAGUUGUGGGAUCUUUUGAAAAGCUCUUUUCAUUCUGGUGCACAAGGAAGCAAGAUUAUUGUCACCACACGUAAUGAGGAUGUCGCACUGAAGAUGAAGACGAGAGAUGUUCAAACAUAUAAGCUUGGAAAGAUAUCGGAUGAUGAAUGUUGGAAGUUAUUUGCGGAUCAUGCCUUUGAUAAUGUAGGCUCUAAUGAGGUGGUAUUGUCUGAGUUGCAAGAAAUUGGAAGAGAAAUUGUUAAGAAGUGCAAGGGCCUUCCUUUAGCUGUAAAAUCGAUGGCUGGUCUUUUACGAUCUAUGUCAACUCGUGACGAAUGGAGGCAUGUACUGCGAAGUGAUGUGUGGGAGAUGCCCAAUCGUCAAGAUGUUGAAAUUGUUCCAGCAUUGUGGUUGAGCUACCGAUUUCUGCCUCCUUAUUUAAAGCCAUGUUUUUCUUAUCUUUCGAUAUUUCCCAAAGAUUACGAAUUUGGUGAUGUUGAUAGAGAAAAACUAAUCUUAAUAUGGAUGGCAGAAGGUCUUUUGAAAUCUCAACCUGGAAAAAGAAUUGAAGAUGUUGGAGAAGAGUACUUGAAUGCUUUAAUAGCAAGAUCAUUUUUUCAAAGAAACACAAGGAAUCGUUCUCUUUCUAUGCACGAUCUUAUGCAUGAUCUAGCUAUGUAUGUGUCAGGUCAGUGUUGUUUUAUGUUUGAUAGUUGUAAAGACUUGCACAAACUUAGUAGCAAGACUCGCCAUCUAUCAUACAUGAAAGACUUAAGAGAUGCAGUAGAAUUUGAUAAUUUAUUAUUUGCGUAUUUGCGUAGCUUGUUGGCUUUACCAUUACCAAGUGGUAUAUAUUACCAUUAUAGUACAAGAUUAACACUUCAAAUGGUGCUAAGAGAUGGAGAAUGCUUAAGAGCACUUUCUUUUUCUGGCUCUAAUAUGACAGAAUUGCCUUCUUCGAUUGAGAAUUUAAAGUAUCUCAGGUAUUUGGAUAUAUCUAAUACAUGCAUUGAAGAAUUACCUGUUUCAAUUUGUGUGUUGUACAAUUUGGAAACACUGAUAUUGUCACAUUGUGAAAACCUCACACAGUUGCCUACCAACAUUUCUAAGCUAAUCAACCUGCGUCAUCUUAUCAUAAGAGGAACACCUUUAAAAGAGAUGCCACCCAAGAUUUGCAGUAUGACGAAUCUUCAGACAUUAAGUGAUUUUGUUUCGUGUGAAAAUGAUGGGUCCAGGAUCAAAGAGUUGGGUAAGUUGGAGAAUUUGCAUGGAAGCUUGCAAAUUUCAGGCCUUGGGUAUGUGAAGGAAGUGAGUGAUGUUUUGGAAGGCAACUUGAAGAACAAAAGGAAUCUCACUGAGCUUAUUUUAAGAUGGAAUUUUGGUGAAGCAGAUGAUUCAAAAAAAGAAAGAGAAGUACUUAAUGCGCUCCAACCACAUGAAAAUUUGAAGAAACUCGAAAUACUCGAUUAUAACGGCACAAACUUACCAGAUUGGGUAACACAUCCAUCCUACUCUAAUUUGGAAAAACUUCAUCUAGACUGUAAAAAUUGCUACUUGUCGUUGUUAUCAUUUCAGCUACUAAGUUCACUAAGAGAUCUUCAUAUUUCAUGUCUUGAUAUGCAUGAUGAAUUUUGUGGUAUUUCUUUGAACAAGACAUUUCCACUGUUAGCAGCACUAGAGCUUGAAGGAAUAACUACAUUGGAUUGGUCGUUUACCAAUACGGAUCAUGGCCAAAAGUGUGAGAUUUUUCCUUGUUUGAAGCAAUUUUAUUUAACCAGGUGUGGGAAGAUAAAUGUGGCAUUACCUAUCGGUAAUUUUCCAUCUUUGGAAUAUGUCGGCAUUUGGAAAUGUGGGGAUUUGGUGACUAUAUUUCCAUCGAGUACUCAUAUUGACGUUGCAUAUCCUUCCCUUGAAUGGUUGAAAAUAGGUGGUUGUUCAAGGUUGGAGUCAUUUUCGGAAAUGGGAUUACCCUGUACUUUAAAACGUCUAGAAAUUAAAUCAUGUGAUAUGCUCAUAAAUAAUCACAUGAAAUGGAAUUUACAAAGACUCCCAUCAUUGACUGAGUUAAAGCUUUGGGGAUAUGGAGGAGCAGUGGAUUCAUUUCCAGAAGAAUGGUUGCUCCCACCUUCUUUAACUGUUCUUUCAAUCGGUAGUUUUGAUAAGCUUACAGCUCUAAACGGCAAAAGUUUUCACCACCUCACCUCACUUCGACGAUUGGAACUUCAUCUCUUGGAAAAGCUAGAGUGUUUGCCAGUAGAAGGACUGCCCCAGACUCUUACUGCUUUGAGUAUAAAACGCUGUCCUCUGUUAGAGCCCAGGUGCAAGGAAGGAACAGGGGAAGAUUGGCCCAAGAUUCAACACAUACCUAACAUAGACACAGUAAUGGGUUCUCAACUAUACAUGAACUUCAAAAAGACUUGAAGGAUGCUUUGGCAGGGAAGAGAUUUCUUUUUGUUCACGAUGAUGUGUGGAACGAAAAAUACGAGUUAUGGGAUCUUUUGAAAAGCUCUUUUCAAUCUGGCGCACAAGGAAGCAAGAUUAUUGUCACCACACGUAAUGAGGAUGUCGCACUGAAGAUGAAGACGAGAGAUUUUCAAACAUAUAAGCUUCAAAAGAUAUCGAAUGAUGAAUGUUGGAAGUUAUUUGCAGAGCAUGCCUUUGAUAAUGUAGGCUCUAAUGAGGUGGUAUUGUCUGAGUUGCAAGAAAUUGGAAGAGAAAUUGUUAAGAAGUGCAAGGGCCUUCCUUUAGCUAUAAAAUCGAUUUUCUUGCCUAUUGCUUUUCUGAUUUUCAUUGUCUCUCUUUACCAAAAAAUAAAAUACAGAUUUAUUAUCUUGCUUACUUUAAUAUUAUUGCAAUUAUAUCUUUUUGGUCGGUAGAGUAUUUGGUCACUGAGAAUGUCAGUGUUUGUAAUCUUUCUUCUCUGUUUUAUAUAUAAAUAAAAUCAGAUAAAACCAUACAUUCAGUAUAA